AUGAAUACUAUGAAAGCAUUGAUCUGCUUACUAAAUGGCAAAGGGUGCAGACGGAUAACCAAAGAAGAGGAUCAAUUCUAUGACGACACAUCAUCCAAAAAAGCAGGAAUAAGCAGAAAGGAUGGGAAGGCGUUAGAGCACAUUCCUUUGCAGCCUGGAAAUACAAGCCACAAUAGCGAAAAAGAGCACAAGUAUAACAAAUUCUUGGCUUGGACCAAGAUGGACAGGGAGAUAAAUGAACGAUAUGCAAUGAUUUUUGGAGCUCCAAUACUUCCUAUAGAAUGUAACUCUUCCCUUCCUGGACACUCGGAAACCAAAUCUGUUCAAUACACAAUUAAGACAGAUACUCAUGAAUUUUGUAAUCACCUUGGCACAGACCAACGAGAUAAAAUCACGGUAGAAAGUCUGUGGCAUGUACCUAAGCAUAUAUGA